GCUUCAGUUCCGGCCUCAGGCCCAUAUCAGCCCAAUAAUUUUACACCUUGGACUUCAACUUGGCCCAAUGUGAUUACAUUCCUCUGUACAAACUGUCACACAAUAAUUUCACUUCCGUUUUCUUUUUCCCCCAAACAGAGGAAAGAGAUGGAAACGGGUUUUGUAGCAGUGGAGAAGAUAGGGGGCAGAUCAACGGUGACAAGAUGCUUCUCAAAGUAUCCCCUGAAAUUCAUAAUACCCAGAAAGGUGGGUUCCUCCAUAACUGAUGCUGUUUGGAUUUACAGCCUCACCUAUGGUGGUGGCAUAGUCUCUGGAGAUUCCAUUUCAUGUGGAUUUACCAUAGGAGAUGGUUGUACCACAGUCUUGACAACCCAAGCUUCCACUAAGGUAUACAAGUCUGUAGGAUCAAAAUGCUCAGAACAAGUCUUGGAGGCAAGAAUUGGAAGCAAUGCCCUUUUGGCCGUCAUUCCGGAUCCAGUGACAUGUUUUUCCACUGCAAGAUACUCUCAGAAGCAGGUCUUCAGAGUGUUCUCUGAUUCAUGCCUGGUUAUUGUUGAUUGGAUUACCAGUGGACGCCAUGCAACCGGAGAAAAGUGGGAUUUUGAACUUUACAAGAGCUCCAACCACAUUUUCCUUGAUGAUCAGCCUUUGUUUCUUGAUACGGUAUUGCUGGAGCAAGGAAGCGUCUCUUCUAUUGCUGAACGCAUGAAGGAUUACCAAGUAAUUGCAAUGCUCGUACUCUUAGGGCCAACGUUGAAACACAUCCAGAACCAAGUUCAAGAAGAUGUUAAGAGGAUGAUGUCUGAGCAAUUACGCUUUCCUUCUACUGCCACAGGACGCCACAGAAGUUCUGAUCACCGCUUGCUAAAACCUACUUUUAUUGCUUCUUGCAGUCCUUUUGGUCCUAAGGGAAUAGGAAUAGUUGUGCGAAUAGCUGCUAUGACAACUGAAUCGGUUUACAGUUUCCUUCGGCAUCAGUUGGCUGGCAUGGAACCGCUGCUUGGAGUACCGCCUUAUGGUUGAACAUUCAUGGAGGAUUUGUUUUCUGGGGAAAGAAGUUUCCGCCAUGGCUGAUCCCUGGAUCUAUUGUUCCUUUCAAGAUUCAGGCGUUCUGUUUCAAUGGUAAGUUAUAAAGCUAAAAGUAUCGAAUUUGGAGUUUGGGUGUUUCUGUUUUGAAAUCUUUAUCAUGUCUGGAUUUGGAGUAAUUUUAUAAUUUGGUGUUCUCUUGUCGGCUUGAUUUCCA